UCAAAAUCCUAAUCUACUGCCAGAAAAACACAAGUAGUGUGAUUAGUCCAUUGUAGAACUUUUGAUUUUAAUCCCAAGAAGUUUGUUGAAAAAUUAUCAAGUGUAGUUGACUUUACCCAACUUCAAUACAUGUGUUUUGUGAUUUCAAUCAUCGUUAAUCCAUUUCCAGUUCUGUUGUACACUUGUUCGGUUUUCUUCGUCAGAGUAUCCGUCGACAUCGUCAAUAUAAUAAGUUGACAUGGAUCCACUAGAGAGUUCCAUGUUCAUGAAGCAUGAAGAAUCAAUGCACUCAGAAGAAUCGAACUCGAUUGACAUUGAAGAUUUUGCAGAUAAUCAAGUUAAAGAUGAAAAGUCAGAAGAAGUUGAACUGGACUUCGGAGAGUUAGACUGUUUAAACAGUGACAAAAACUACCCACCAACGCUUGACUCCCACAUGACAGAUAUUUUAAACGCUUCUAGUUCUUCUAAACCUUUGAAAAGAGGAGAGCACAAAAGCAAAAAAGAGCUUGAAGAAGAAGAAAGAGAGAAAAUGCAAGUCCUUGUUUCAAACUUUACGGAAGAGCAACUGGAUAGGUAUGAGAUGUACAGGAGAUCUGCCUUCCCAAAAGCAGCCAUCAAAAGGCUGAUGCAGACCAUUACUGCAAACUCAGUCUCUCAGAAUGUCGUCAUAGCUGUUUCCGGUAUAGCGAAAGUAUUUGUAGGAGAAGUAGUUGAACAAGCAUUAGAUGUAAUGGAAGAACAAAAUGAAACUGGUCCUCUUCAACCUAAACAUCUCCGAGAAGCAGUGCGGAGGCUAAGAGCUCAGGGGAUGAUUCCUAACACCAAGCACAAGAAAUCUGUCAUGAAAUUGUAAAUUUACUUUAAGUGGACAUUACUUUUUCUCUUGUAUCCUUACUUCUGUGUAUUUUAGUUAAGAAUCGAUUUUAAACAGCAAUUUCAUAGUCAGGGCGGUCACACUUUAUUCCAGCUCCAAUUCAAUGAGGGUCCUCUUUAAUAAAAUCAGGAUCACUUUUUCUUUUAAAUUCAUGUUGUUUCUCGUAGGCAUUGCAUGGCCAGUCAUAUAAGUUUAUUUCUAGAUAUGGCUACAAACUUUACUUGUUUUGAGCCCGCCUUCAUUUUGUUUACUCAGGAAAGUGAAAAUUAAGAUACUUUUGUACUGAUUAUUACAAAUUUUACUGUUCAUCAUUUCUUA